AUGGCCCCGCCUCCCCAGACCUACUUCUUCGGGCUCUGCCGCCCCCUCGGCCCGAUAUGUCUGUCCCUGUUGCUCAUCCCAGCCACAGCUGUGACCUACUGCGAGUGCAGCCUGGGCCUCAGUCGCGAGGCCCUCAUCGCCCUGCUGGUCGUGCUGUCCGGCAUCGGCACCGUCUGCUUCUGUGCCCUGGUCAUGGUGGUGGUGGGCGUCAUGCGGGCCAAAUGUGAGUCAAGGACCCCUGGACAAGUGGACAGGAGGUUGGUGGGGCACUACGGGGUGCAGGAGGAGCAUACAGACCUGCGCACAGUGCACGUGGAGUCCCACCUCAUGGACCCCGACCUGGAGAUCUCUGUGAUGGAGGACCAGGGCCUCGGGACCGAGUCCAUGGACACUCUGGAGGAGCCGUCCCCCCCGCCCCCGCCGCCCCCACCGCCCCCGCCCGAGCCGUGA